AUGCCUUACAUAACCACAACCCCCCUCGAAACCCCCACAACACCAACACCACACGCCCCUAGAAUCGGAAAACACCAGGAAUCCAUCUACGCAGACCCCUGGCACGUGUUCAUCCUCUGGGUCCUCGCCGGCGUCUUCUGCGGCGUCGUCCUCGCCUACGUGAAGGAUUACUGCGCUGCGCGGGCGCGCUGCCGGAUACCUGCUGUUGCCACCACUGCUGCUGCUACUGAUAUGGCUGCUUCUGUUGUUAGUAUUGCUGACGACGCUGCUAGUGUCACUACGGUUAUAAUGGUUGACGAGCGGACGAGCCUCCUGAGGUGGGCGUCGAAUUACACGGCUGAUGACGAGAUGAGCCUGGACGAGUCGAGUGGGUAUGGGGCUUGCGUGGAUAGAAGUGAGGUAGGUGGUGGUCCCUCGGUCUAUGGUUGCUCGGUCUAG